AUGGCCGAGGAAGCAAAUGGUACCUUCGAUGCUGUCAUUCUUAAUGCCAGAUUGCUUUACGGCCUCUUCCGCAAGGUGCCAGAUACUGGCGCGCUAGCUAUGGUCUUCGUCAACGUUAUCGCACCCUAUAUUCUCUCUUGUCUCCUUAAACAACCCAAGCUUCUUAUCUUUAUCGCUUCCGUCCUACACCGAGAAGCCAAGACGAACGUGAAGGAUAUUUUCUGCUUUGAGCGUGGGGAAAGGAAUUCCAAGAUUUCCCGGCAUACUGAUUCGAAGCUUAAUGUCAUGCUACUUGCUGAUGCGGUGGCAAGGCGGUUUAAUAGCACUUCCGUCACCGCUGUGCAUUCUGGGUGGGUACUUAACAAGAUUGGACGUCAAAGCGCUACUGACAAGCUGGACGAUGGUGUCGAGACAUACGUCAUCAGAGUCUCACCGGUGUAUAUUUUGAACCCAGAAAGAAGCUUGGUGAACCUCUUCAAGUGA